AGCCCCCAUCUGCUCUUGCCUCUCCUCUAUGAAUUAAAGCCUCUCUAUCUCUCUCUCGCUACCAAACAGCAAUACGGGGAGAUGGCAUCGACGAUGAUCAAGGUGGCUACUUGCGUGGAUUCUGGCUCUGACAUGCCGGAGACCUGUCUCUCCGACGAACCCAGUGGUAGUCUUGCUUCUGCGGUGGAGGCUACUGUGGGCUCUGCGAAAGUGGCGCCUUCAGACUUUGGCUCGCUGGGUUCCUCUGCCUUGGUUCCAGUAGCUAAGGAAAGAGAGACAGCUACUGUCAAGGCUGACAGGAAACCUCCUCUGGCUAAGGGGUUUCUUCGGCGGGAGUUUUUUGGACCGUGUUCCGCUUCUUCACCUUCUCUUCCCUCGUCUGAAGUGAAGGUUGUGUCCUCGGAGGCUGUGUUGUCCGAGUCCAAGUCGGCUAAGAUUGGAGAGAAUGUAGAGGUGGGGGAGUGCAACUCGGCUAAGAUUGGAGAGAAUGUAGAGGUGGGGGAGUGCAAGUCGGCAAGGUUUGGAGAGAAUGGAGAGGUGGGGCUUGAGAGCUAUUCUGAGGUUGUGCUUAAUGCAAUGGAAAUCGCUCCCUCUUUGGGUUUGUCUUUUGGGGGUGAUGAGAAAAGACUUAUGGAUCUUUUGUUGGCCAUAGAAAGAGAUCGGAAUAUGGAAGAUGGUGUUUCUGUUUCAAAAUCUAUGGAGAAAGAGGUAGUUCAAAAAUUUGAAAUGUUCCAUUCAUCUUGAUGCUAGAUGCAGUGGUUCUAGUUGGGAUGUAUGUAGGUCUAGGGUUGCUUGGAGGUGCUAGUCGGGGUAGAGGCCGGUUGGUUUUGCUGGUUUAGGGUGUUUUUGGGCUUAGGGUCCGUUAUUGGGGGCUUAGGGUGCUUUUGCGUUUUAAGGUCCUUAGGAGGUUCUUUUGUUGGUUUAGGGAUUUUUUGGGGACUAGGGUCUAUUAUUGUGGGCUUAGGGUUUUGUUUGGCGAUUUAGGGUCCUCUUAUGGGGCCUUUUGUGGCCUAACUAUAGUUUUUGUUUAUACUUUCUGUGUAUUUAGUGUGUAUUUAGAGGCGUCUUACGCUUUUCUGAUAUAUACAACAGUACUUAAUCGGAAAAAAAAAAUUUGUUUAAUGCUACAUAAUCAUCCACCUCCACACACAGCAACUGUUUGUGAUCAAAUGUUUUGAGCAUAUUUCUUAUUUAUUUGUUAUGUGUGAAUUUCUCAAUGCUAUGUUUGUUUCUUGAGAAAUUUUUCUUCUUAAAUAAAUUGCUGAAUCUGAUUCCGCCUUCAAAUUUGAUCUGGAAUUAGUUUUGAGUGAUUUGGGUAUUCAAUAUUUGUGCGUUAUGCUACUUAAUCAUCCAAUGAUGACAAAUCCAAAGGCUUGUUUCUCAAAACAUUCGCAGUGGCCGCCUAAGAGCUUUCGCCUACGCCAGGCUUGAGAGCUUGUGCUGCUUUAAUCCUUCCUUGGAUGUCUGAGGGUGUUCGU